AUGUUAAUAAAAAUACUCUUAGCUUUGGCACACAUAGCUUUUUCAGUGAUUUUUGAUGUUUCAGAUUACAAGAUGCCACUUUAUGUCCUUUCAGCCAUUUUAACAAUGAUUGGGAUCUACAAUACAAACAAAGAUUUUGGAUUCUUAUUGUAUACAUUUAUCACUUUCAUAAACACAUUUAUCAAAGGAUUUAUUUUGGAAGUAAAUAUAAAGUUUAUUGUAGAUGUAUUUACAUAAUAGGCAUUCGUUAUUAGAUCCAAAAUCAUUGAAAUUGGCAUUCUAUGUGUUUAUAAUAACAAUAAUUUUGGGGAAUCCAUAUGUUAUAAGGAGAAUAUCAAGUUUUCUUGAUUCUCAUUACACAUUAAAAUUUGGAUUGAAUUUAUCAGAUAAGAUUGCAUAAUGUAUUACGUUAUCAAAAUGUUAUCAUCAUGUUUUAAGUCAAUAAGAACCAAGUAUGUUUGAAUUAGGAGUCAUCACUGUAGUGGGAUUCUCAAUAACAAAUAUAGUGAUAUAUUUUGGAUUGUUAGAAUCAAAAUCACAGAGUGAAUCCAUAAAGAUAAUGAGCGAAGCUUUUUCAAAUAAUUUUAAGACAUAUUUGUUUGCAUUUACAGCAGUUUAUUUAUGGCAUUUCUAGGUAAAAAAAGAAGGUGCUUAGAUUAAUGAAGAGAAUGCAAUAAGAAUAGUGGUUAGCGUUUCAUUUAUUAUAAUAUACAGUAAGUUUUAAAAUGAUUAUGAAUAGCCCUAAUGACAUUGUUACAUAGUAAGGAAAAGAUAAAGGAGAAAAAAGAAUGAUGAGAU